CGCCUGCACCGCCCGGGCGGGAGCCGGCGCUGUCCCCGCUCGCCUCGGCGCUCCGAGCGGCUCGCCGGCGGCCCGGUUCUCCCGUCCGACUCCACGCCAGCCUCGGGGAGCCCCGCCGCCGCCCCUCCGCCCCUUCUGCUUGCGGCCAGCGGAGCUCCGCGUCGCGGGAACUUGGGCAGGACUCCUCUCUCCGACGACCUUCCCAGGGCGCGGGGCGCGGGGCUGGAGCGGAGCCCCGCGGCGAUGCCCGGCGCCCUCCUCCCUGACAGUCACUGUGCCGGGGCCCGGGUCCUGCCCCCGACGGCCGCGCGUUGAGAUGACUUUCCGCGAUCUCCUGAGCGCCAGCUUCGAGGGACCGCGCCCGAACGGCAGCGCCGCGGGCUCCAGCGCGGGCGGCGGCGGGGGCGGCGCGGGCGGCGCGGCGGCCUCGGAGGGCCCGGCGAGGGGCGUCGUGCCGGGGGCCGCGGGGGGCGGCGGCGGCGGCGGCGGCGGCGUGGUGGGCGCGGGCGGCGGCGAGGACAACCGGAGCUCCCCCGGGGCCCCGGGGGGCGUGGGCGCCGGCGGCGGCGAGGUGAACGGCACGGCGGCCGUCGGGGGGCUGGUGGUGAGCGCGCAGAGCGUGGGCGUGGGCGUCUUCCUGGCCGCCUUCAUCCUGCUGGCCGUGGCGGGCAACCUGCUGGUCAUCCUCUCAGUGGCCUGCAACCGCCACCUGCAGACGGUCACCAACUACUUCAUCGUGAACCUGGCCGUGGCCGACCUGCUGCUCAGCACCACGGUGCUGCCCUUCUCAGCCACCAUGGAGGUGCUGGGCUUCUGGGCCUUCGGCCGGGCCUUCUGCGACGUGUGGGCCGCCGUGGACGUGCUGUGCUGCACCGCCUCCAUCCUCAGCCUCUGCACCAUCUCGGUGGACCGCUACGUGGGCGUGCGCCACUCGCUCAAGUACCCGACCAUCAUGACGGAGCGCAAGGCGGCCGCCAUCCUGGCGCUGCUUUGGGCCGUGGCCCUCGUGGUGUCCGUGGGGCCGCUGCUGGGCUGGAAGGAGCCCGUGCCCCCGGACGAGCGCUUCUGCAGCAUCACCGAGGAGGUGGGCUACGCCGUCUUCUCCUCGGUGUGCUCCUUCUACCUGCCCAUGGCCGUCAUCCUCGUCAUGUACUGCCGCGUGUACGUGGUGGCGCGCAGCACCACGCGCAGCCUGGAGGCCGGCGUGAAGCGGGAGCGCGGCAAGGCCUCCGAGGUGGUGCUGCGCAUCCACCGCCGAGGCGCCGCCUCGGGUGCAGGUACCGACGGGGCGCCCCGGGGACUGCGCAGCGCCAAGGGCCACACCUUCCGCAGCUCGCUGUCCGUGCGCCUGCUCAAGUUCUCCCGCGAGAAGAAGGCCGCCAAGACGCUGGCCAUCGUCGUGGGAGUCUUCGUGCUCUGCUGGUUCCCCUUCUUCUUCGUCCUGCCACUCGGUUCCCUGUUCCCGGAGCUGAAGCCCUCGGAGAGCGUCUUCAAGGUCAUCUUCUGGCUCGGCUACUUCAACAGCUGCGUGAACCCGCUCAUCUACCCCUGCUCCAGCCGCGAGUUCAAGCGCGCCUUCCUCCGCCUGCUGCGCUGCCAGUGCCGGCGCCGCCGGCGCCGCCGCCCCCUCUGGCGGGUCUACGGCCACCACUGGCGGGUCUCCGCGGGCGGCCCGCGCUCCGACUGCGCCCCCGGCCCGGGGGCUGCGCUCCCCGGGGCCCCGCUGGCCCUCGCCGAGCUCGCCGCCCCUGGCUCCCCAGGUGCAGCCGAGGCGAAGCCGCGCGCUUUCCGCGAGUGGAGGCUGCCCGGGCCGCUCCGGAGGCCCAGCACCCAGCUGCGCGCCAAGGUCUCCAGCCUGUCGCUCCGGCUCCGCGCCGGGAGCGCGCCGCGCACCGAGGCCGCCCUGCGCCCCGAGGUGGAGGCGGUGUCCCUCGGUGUUCCCCCCAACGUCGUGGAGGGCGCCUACGAACUGGCGGACUGCAGCGACCUCCGGGAGACUGACAGGGAGACUGAUAUCUAAGGACCCCCAGAGCCAGGCCUGGGUGGGGGCGGGGGUGCUAGGGGAGGUGGGUAAGGUGGGGUGGGGGCGAGGACGGGAGGAGAAGCUAGCUUGGUUCCAGAGGCCCCUGUGGAUCGGGGAUUCGAAACUGAUCAGGACAGCUACUCUCUAGCCUCCAGGAGGAAGGGAGGCAGAGCGCUGCCCUGGAGGGGUGGAAGGCUAUGGGGCCCCACCAGACACAAAUGCCCAUGCUCCUCCUUUGGGAGGAAGGGGGUGCGGUCUUCGGGAAGGAGGGGUGCCAUUUGUUCCCAAUCCCUAUUUGAGAAGCACUGCCCCAUCCAUGCCUUGAACCCUGGGUAGACAGCCCCAAGUCUGGCCAAACAGGCCUGCCCCUCCUCUUGGGGGGAACGGGGCAGGGAGGCCCUGCAUGGCUGCCCCACUGCCUCCCUAGGAAAACGUCCCUGGGACCAGGGCUUCUCGGUGAACAAGUUUCUCCUUACUGCCAACUGGAGGAACCUUGAGAUCCGUCACCGUUACAGCCACCUACAAGCUUUGGUGGCAGAUGGGAUGACUGUUUCUACGAGCCUGUUGUAUUUACCCGUGGACCCUGCCGGUAUUCCUCCUUGCACACCGCAUCACCAGCCCCUGCCGCCCAGUACCCCCCUCCCCCAGGGCCUUACUGUUUACACUCUGUACAUAGCCCCCUGUGCCUGUGCCCAUCACCUCCCGCUGGGAUCCGGAGCUGUCAAACGGGGAGAGCUUUAUUUGUCGUUUUGAGACAUAUUUAUUGGCAAGAGUACUUCUAUUUUGUCCAAACUGUGCAAACUGUCCCUCUUUAGCUUAUAACGUAUAAAGAACUUGUUUUUUUCCUAAAAUUCUUCAAGUUUUAAAGGCCCACAACAGGACAGAUUGGGUAUUUGUGCACCUUUCUAGUUUCAUCUUAACUGGCUCUUUAACUGCCUGUCCCGUUGGGGCUUGUAGCAUGACCAAAGGACUUUGGAGGAGGAGGAGGAUUUAAAGUCAUGUGACCAGUCUUGGGAAACAAACAGUAACCAUAAACACAAAUGUUCACUUUGUCAGUCUCCCCA